CUGGUUGAAACUCCUAGCACCGGUCAUCCCCCUUUGUUAACACACUUGACACACGAACUGCUGUCCGGAUCCCUGACGUACACCCCGCAAAAUCUCUUCGAGGGUACACCCAACCCCACAAUCUAAGAUUUCCCCACACCAGAGAUAACCACUGGGCGAUAGUGUGUCAUUGAAUCACAAUGCUGACGCCUUAUCAGAUAGCGGAUAACCGACGGUAGCCCUUGACGUCUGCCUGUUGGGGUCCUGAUAUCAGUUUCAACACAUCGCUGCCGCAGCUUUCUCAGCCGCGUGAGUUUAGUGUUGCAGCUAUACGGACCCUGGCGGCCAUAGGGUACACAUUCCCUAUCGGGCCAAGUGCUAAGAAUAGCCAUUCCACUGGCCAGGGCUUUAUCGGCAGUACGAUUGCCAAGUAGAUAGGUCGUCACAGGAGGUAUCUAGUGCCUUGUAACCACGAAGAUCAGGGCAUUAGGCAUCUAUUAGGGGAUACCUUCCCGAUUGUGCGCAUGAUACGCCCCAACUCAACCGGCAUGGUACCGCGGCAGAAGAGCUGGCCCUACUAGAUUGGGGAGUUGAUUCAAGUAUGCCGGAAAUGACACCCCGAACGAAAAACUACCGUCCACCGCGUCGACGGCCGGCGCAUCUCCGCACGAAGACUGGCUGUCUCACAUGCAGGAAGAGGAAGAAGAAGUGCGACGAGACUCCCGGGACAUGCUCGAAUUGCGCCCGACGAUGGCUUUCCUGUGAAUGGCCUGCGGACCUAUGUGGCAAUCCAAAACAGACCAGAUCUGAACACCGGUCGGCCAGCAAAGCCCGUUCAGAGCAUUCCCCUCAACCUUCUAUCAAUGAGUGGCAUGUUAAACAGCAUGGACUCGAGGCAGACUAUGCAGCCAGCGCGUCUCCCUCUUGGGAUACUGAAGGAGGAAGCGAUGUGUUUCUUUCUCCCACCAAUACUGAUACCCCAAGUAGCCAAAAUGACUAUACGAUGACUACCCAAAGCAGCCAUUCCUCUAUCCUCAAUUAUAUCUCCCCAUUGCUCUGUCUAUCACCCGCCAUAACUUCCGACAGCGCGCCUUUGUUUGAAUUCCUAAGGGCUGUGUUUCUACCACAGUUAAUCCGACCAAUGGCCCUUGAUACUGUCAUCAGAGCUGCCGCCGAUGAUUCAUUGACGUUGGCCUUACGUACCCCCUUCUACAUGCAUUCCCUUCUCGCAUGCUGUGGCGCAGAAAUACCGGUGGACGACGUUUACUCACAGGUCCAUUUCCAGAAGCUGGCCAGUAUGCAUUACGUCAAAGCGAUAUCAGGACUACGCGAAAGCCUCGACAGUGGUAUGUUUGAUGCUGCGAACACAGCAAUUAUUCGAACAUCCAUGAUGUUGUGUAUCUACGAGAGAUCCAAACCUCGCCUCUCAAGGGGCGUGGAUGCCCAUAUACUUGGCCUCGCACAGUUGAUAAAGUUACGCUUUCAGGAUGACCAAACAACUCCCAUGCUGCAAUCCGAAGGGGAGAUCAACAUGUCUCGUGUCAUACUAGAAUCCUUCAUAUUCCAUGCGACAACGAGCAUCCCGUUUCAACAAACGAUUAAACCGCCCGAGCCUGUCGAAGCCGCCCUUUCCCUGGCUGAAACUAAACUCCAAGAAAUGUACAAAUGGAAAGUACCGGUGUACCCCGAGUCACCGGUGCUCGGUGCCCCGCCGAAGCUGUUUUUAUAUGCGCGGGAGAUCGCGCUAAUGCAUGAGCGGUCCUCUGCGGAAGGCAUCGAUAUCGCAAGAUGCCAUGAGCUCCAACAGCUAUUAAGCCACUUCAGUCAUUGUGGGGUUGAUCAGCCGCAGCCCUCGCCCGAGAGCGAUUGGCUGGCCGCAACUACACAUACACCGCUUCUGCUAGGCCCAAGACUAUAUAUUGUUGUUUCCAAGAUACUUUUGGAGCACAUGAUCAAUAGCAACUCGGCCACAGCUGACAGCUCUCUUCAGGAGUUGGUCUGUGAAGGGAUGAGUUUGGUCAGCAAGCUCGACCCAUCCACAGACUAUUAUGCCGAGUAUUACUGUUGGCCCAUGGUCGUCCUGGGAACCUAUACAACAGACGACGCACACCGAGAUUGUCUGUUGUCCCAAGCCAUGGCCUUUUGGAAGGCAACGAGGAACGGGACGAUGAGGCGGUUGGUGGAUAUGCUGACGACCUUAUGGUAGAUAUGAAAACAUACGAGAAUGAACCACUACCAGUGUACUUUUUAUUUCAAUUUCUUCGCAAUUAGAUUACCCCAUCACUGUAUGAUACAUGUUUGAAAAACGGAGCUUCG